CGUUCAGACUUCAGAUCUUAGAGGGCAGAGAAUCAAAACUGACGACUGUUGGGUUUUCUGAGUUUUGAUAUUUGAUACACCGUUUUGUUAUAAAUUUAUUAUCUUAAUUUCCUUCUAGCUCAGCCGCUGAGCCGCGGGUCACGGGUUUGCAUGUCGACUGUCGCUCUAAGACUUAUUCGGGACAGACGAAAAUCGGUGUUGUUAGGCUGUUCGUGGUACAGCUGAUUGUGUCUUUUCAGGUAUAUCAAUAAUUAUGAAACCUCAAGAUCUAUGUGAUAUUGAUGAUUUAGCUACAUCUCUUAUUGUUGAUGUUUUCCUUGGAUUUAAUACCCACAAAAUGAACAUAGAACAUAAAGAUAGGUAUAAAUGUAAAUCAGAUUUAAAACCUAUUAUUGAUGAAUUCAUAAAAAAUCAAAGUAUGAAAAAAGCUUUUGAUUCAUUUUGGAAUCAAAAGUAUAUACCUAAUCAUUUAUUUAAAGUGUCUUAUAAGAAAUUAGUCAGAGACCAUAUUGAACGAUACAUGGGAAUGUUUUAUUUAGAUUCUGGUUUUCAAAUUGAGCCAUGCUAUAGAUAUUCCUUAGAAAAUAAAGUAGGAGCCAAAGUAAAUGCUACUAGUUAUUGGUAUAAAGAUGGAAUUAUUAAACGAUUAGUUGGUUGUGUAGCUGAGCUGACAGAAAAAGAAGAAGAUGAAAUCUUACACAUUGGGAAGAAUGAUUUUUCAGUCAUGUAUAGCUGUCGCAAAAAGUGUGCUCAACUUUGGUUGGGCCCAGCAGCAUAUAUUAAUCAUGAUUGCCAAGCCAAUUGUAAGUUUGUAGCCAAUGACAAAGGAACAGCUUGUGUUAAAGUACUCAGAGAUAUUAAACCUGGUGAAGAAAUAACAUGCUUUUAUAGUGCUAAUUUCUUUGGUGAAAACAAUGUUAACUGUGAAUGCUGCUCAUGUGAAAAGUUAUGUAAAGGAGCUUUUAAAACCAAUGAAGAACAACCAAAAUUAGGACGUUACAACUUCAGGCAAACUCAUGGUCGAACUUAUCGGUCUCCAGAUAGAAGCCAAAAAGUAAAAGAACCAAAGACACCUAAAAAGAAAAAGAAUGUGAUUUUGGAACCUGUUACUCCUAACAAAAAUCCUGAAGUUGAUAAGGGUGAAGCUUUGCUUGGAUCACCAUACACAAAAAUAAUCCAAAAAACAAAAGGCUUAGAUUUAGAUAAAGCAUCAAAAUCACCAGAAAAAUAAUGGACAAUAAGUAAAUGAGGCAUUAUUUUUAUAAUAUUGAAUAUACAAUUAAACCACUGAUUUAAUUAUUGUAUAAUCAAUUAAUGAUUAAAU